AUGGCCCCGAGAGCCCCGAAGAACGAUGUGCUAGCCUUUGCGGAUGCGGCACCGAAACUUCAGUCUGGCAUGCAAGAACUCGAAGACGAUGUUGAUAGGCUGAGAGGAACGCUCAAAUUGGCCCAGAGGGCGACGCCCCUCGGUAAACACACUCUAAUGAAAACAAAGAUCCGCCAGGCACGCGAGAAGGCCCUGGGGUACAGCGACGAAAACUUCAUGUGCGGCCGGGGCAUCACAAAGUGGAGGCACGAUUUCCCCGACGGGAACCUCCCAUCGGAUGACGAAGAGGAAGACGACGAAGAUGAGGACGAUGCCGAACAGGUCGAUGUCAGGAUGACGACUGUGGGUGCACUCCCAGUGGCGUUUCUACCCGCUAGCAAAGAGGUUAUGAGGAAAGGGGCGAACAUCGCCCACAUGCUCCACCGCGACUAUCUAGCCUUGGCCUACAACCUUAAAGAUCAUGAAUUCUCUUGUAUCCCCAGAAAACAAAUCGACAAAAGCGCCCCCCGUGAGUUUCAAGAGAAAGCCCAAAAUGUUCAAACGAAGAUCUCCUCCUCUUCGACAUUGAGUCAAAAAGACAUCCCCGAGGGCUCACGGCGGUUAAACGCUGACAUACGCGCCUUCGUGGAUUGGUCGCACGACAACCUCUCUGUCGCGGUGUUCGUCGAGGACGGCAAAACAAACUUCAAAUUUAUUCCGAGCGAUCACUGCCCGGAAGAACCCCACGAGGGCGGGGAGGCCAAUGUAGAACUUACAAUGAGCCAAUUGAGCCGGCUGGCAGAUCAGCUCAAAAGCAUCACGAAGGGCCCCAUGCUCUCGAAACCAAAACCGUUCAUGCUGUCAUCACCGAGUUCGGGGGGGAAGGUGGUAGCAUACCGAGAUAGGCUGCUCGCGGUAGAGUCGAGCCCAGGCAUAUACCAUCUAAUGUCAAUAAGCCAACACUUCCUCCACACCCCAGCUAGCCUGGCAGCCGAGCCGAAUAUAGUAAAUGCGUCCUUGAUAUCGAACAGGAUGCUCCAUAGGGUCAAAGAAAGGUCCUCAACCGAAAAGAUGGCCAUCAAGACGCACUGCAAAGGCAUCGUGGGUGUGGCCCACAUGGGGUACCACACACUGAAUACCGCCAGUGCCAGCAGGGCAAUGCGUCGCAUCGGCGAUUGUCUUAUCGAAGUCGCAUGGUCAAGUACUAUCCGCGAAGCGCUAUCCGGGGGGGACGUCCAGGUGUCCGAAGACAUGAUAUCGACGUGGGAGACUCGGACAGACUGGCGCGCAUUCCGGUCGCAGAAGACCGCUGACCUCGAGAUCUAUCUUUUUGCCAAAUCGAAUGAUGCCGGCCUGAUCGAGCCAAAUGAAGGCCUCACUCGCUCCAAGGCUGCCGGCCAAAGGUUAAUCGAGAACAGGCAGAUGGCUUUAAGGUUGGCAAAGCACGAGUCACAACGAAUGGUAAAGCGUGGACAAGCUGGCGAGACGACGCACACCUAUUCGGAUUCGGAGGAAGAGAACGAAGACUCUGACCCCGAGGGAGUUGAUUGA